UGACGAUGAUUAGUCAGCUGUCAUCUUUUAUCAUGUUCAAAGUUCAGUCGGAAAAAGUUAGAGAAUUGCAAAGUGAUAUUGUAUAGAUUGAAAAUAAGCAACCUGUAACAGGUAACGAUUAAUCGAAUCGCCUCCAAGUUCACAUCAUUUGAUAGAUUCCUGGCGUUCGUGUCUCGCAUACAUAAAAACUAAGAAGGCAACCAACAGUUAUAGUGUGAUAAGAUAUAAAACCUGUCAACAUGAACAGCAUCGUAAAAGUGUUCAGCAACUUCAAAGAGUUCUACAGUGAAAUCAAUGGUGCUACGCUCACAGGGGCAAUAGAUGUAAUUAUAGUAGAGCAGCCAGAUGGAUCCUACAUGUGUUCACCAUUUCACGUGCGUUUCGGUAAGCUCGGGGUGUUGCGAAGUCGAGAAAAAAUCGUUGAUAUCGAGGUCAAUGGCGAACCAGUCGAUAUACACAUGAAGUUGGGCGAAUCAGGCGAAGCGUUCUUCGUCGAGGAAUGUCUAGAGGAUGACGCAGAUGUUCCAGCACAUAUGGCUACGUCUCCUAUACCUAGCAGUUCUUUCAAUAUAAAUUUUGAAAGUUCCAUCACCAUCGUUGACAAGGACGAGGAUACCAUCCCAAGACCUAGGCGAAACUCUAUCGAUUUUUCUCAAGAAGUUGCCGAAACAGAAAAAAAUAAAUUUGAAAAUCAAAAGUCUGACUAUAGCCACAGAAGGCACACAGACAAUAUAACCGGCAGGCCGGAUUUGACUUUAACCAAGAAAGAGUAUACUACUCAAAAAAUUCGCCAAGAGUGGGCCGAAGUUGAGCAGGAGCAAAUAUUUCAAAUGGAAGUGAAUGAACCAAUCAGUGACGCUUGGUCAAACAGCACUCCGCUACCGACGAAUGAAGUGAAAGAAAUGCAUUUCAUACCAAUUGAUGUUGCUCCUGCCUCUGUGCAACCUAAAGAACAAUGUACUGAAUCUGGUGUUCCCGAAGAGCAGCAGGCCGCAUUUGUUGACGAAAAACUAAACUCUGACUCGAAAUCUAAGAAGAAACGGAGAAAGAAAUCAAUCAUGAAGAAGAAAAAUUCACAACGCAAAAACUCAUCCAGCAGUUCAGCAGGAUCAAAUAAUUCGGAUCCGAAUGAAGUAGAUACAGAUAGUAUAACUGCUUCCCAGCCUACUACAUCCUCGGUCAGUGGUUCCCCGAAAGCUAACGAAAAAGAAGUUCUUACAGAAGAGCAGACGAACGAGUCCGAACAAUCAAGAGCGGAACUCGAGCUACCAAGUGUCGUAGAACCAGUGAGUCGUAUUCAUGAACUAGAUAUUCAUUUUUUCAGUGACACUGAAAUUACUACCGGUGUAAGCCCUCGUCAGUCUCGUCCGUCUACGCCAGUUCAGAGUGAUACGGAAUUUGAAAUUUCACAACGUGAAAAUACUGGAAGUGACAAUAUGUCAGCAUCUUGGAAAUGGGGAGAGCUUCCAACAAAACCUGAUGAAUUGGAGGAUCUCGAUACAAACCAAAGCAAACAAGCACAGCGAAAUUCAAUGCUUAGUGGGUUAAUGAGCUUUAUGAAGUACAAUAAUAAAAAGCUUCGUAAAAAUGUACCCGACGGACUUUAUCUUUCCGAUCUGGAUGAAUCACUAGAUCCAGAAAUCGCUGCUCUCUAUUUUCCCCCCUCAUCCUCUAAAACACAGCAGACACAAAAUGAGGAGGAUAGAGAAAGUGGAAAUGGUACAUCAUUACCGCAAAGCCCCACAUCGCUUGAAGGUAUCAAAUGUCUCGAUUCUGACUUUGAUGACAAGGUCGAGAAAUUAUCGCUGGAUUUUAUUGCCAUGUCUUUAUGUGGUGGAUUGGAAAAUGGCACACCAACCCCCGAAGAGUUCGAGAAGCACAGAUUAUCAUAUGCUGAUGUUUGCGCCAAUCCGAUAAUUUUCUCUUCGCCAGACUUGAUUGUACGGAUCAACGACAAGUACUACACAUGGGCAGCAGCUUGUCCACAAGUAAUGACAAUGUUGGCAUUCCAAAAAACACUUCCAAAUGAUUUCGGCGAGGUUUCGAAAUUUGAACAUGCAAAAGCCACAUCUGAAGCUUCAAGCCAAGCGGAAUCUGAAUUGAAGAAACAAGCCCAACAAUCAGCACCGGAAGGUGGUCGUGGUGGCCGCUGGUGGUACUGGCGCCGGUCCAAUGAUAAGUCGACGAUGAAAAGUGAUGGUGAGUCGGCGCAACUUUCCUUGGAGGAAUCGAAAACCUCGGCAGUGGCAACGCAAACGUCUAGAUCCAAUUCGCCGGAAGACGCUAUUGUACCUGCAGCAGAAAGCGCAGACAAAGCCAAAGAAGAUAGUUAUAAUGGUUCCUUAAGCUCAGAAGAUUUAGACCUGCAAGCUGAUCAAAGUAUUCACAUUGAAAGUAGUAACAGCCGUCCCGGUGUUUUAUUGGAAAAGUACAGAAAAACGCUACGCUUGUCAUCUGAUCAGAUCGAUAGCUUGAAUCUGAACAAUGGACUCAAUGAAAUUGUUUUCAGCGUGACCACAGCUUACCAGGGCACAUCACGUUGCAAGUGCUUCUUAUUCAAGUGGAAGUAUAAUGAUAAAGUUGUUAUUUCCGACAUCGAUGGAACUAUUACAAAAUCCGAUGUUCUUGGUCAUAUUUUGCCCAUGGUUGGAAAAACCUGGGAGCAAAUUGGAGUAGCACAAUUGUUUUCCAAAAUUGAAGAAAAUGGAUAUAAAAUGUUGUAUCUUUCGGCUAGAGCGAUUGGGCAGGCAAAGACUACCCGAGACUACUUACAGUCGAUACGUCAAGGGGAUGUUAAGCUACCAGACGGACCACUACUGCUCAAUCCAACUUCGUUGAUGUCAGCUUUCCAUCGAGAAGUAAUUGAAAAGAAACCGGAACAGUUUAAGAUUGCUUGUCUUAGCGAUAUACAGGCACUGUUUCCGGAUAAAAAUCCGUUUUACGCUGGUUAUGGCAAUCGAAUUAAUGAUGUUUGGGCGUACCGUGCCGUUGGGAUACCGAUAUCUAGGAUCUUCACCAUUAAUACGAAGGGCGAGUUGAAGCAUGAACUGACUCAAACGUUUCAAUCGACCUACGCAAACAUGGCAUACAUCGUGGACCAACUAUUUCCACCUAUCAAACACAUCGAUGAGGAAGAUAGUGAAUUUACCAGUUUCAACUACUGGCGGAAUCCAGUCGCGGAUAUCGAGUUGAACUUUGAGUUGUCCAACAGUUCCCAGAGCGGAAAUGGAAGUCUCAUUCCCGCCCUUGGCAAUUCGCUUCUGGCCGGUAAAAUGUCUCCGACGAGUACACUGAUACAGCAGACUUUACCAACUAUUCCGGAGAACUAAACCAGAACAAGCGUAACCAGAAUAUCCCCCCUAUUCUAUUUCAUAUCUGCGUACAUCAAUAAAAGCUUUCUGUCAGCUUAAUGCGUAGAUAUUACAAAUUCGUCGUUAGCUUUCUAUGUGAGUAAAAACAAUUAACUGUACCGUAGGCAUAUAUAUUGUAAAAUGGAUUUCAAACUACACAAAACCACACUCAAUGAUCCAAUCAUCAUCACCGGGAUACAAACUGUAGGCUUAUGACUAUAUAUUAUAUUCGAUUAAACCGGAAUUGUUUUAUUUCCUGAAAGGAUACAUGAACAAACCAAGAACUAAAACAUACUAUGAUUUCCAAAUUAUUUCCAAUUUUACUGUUUGAUAAUAAAUACAACAGGUAGGAAUCAACUGAUUUAGGAAUGGAGCUGCAUUGCACAGUCUAGACUGUCAGAGCUGAAAGAGCUAAAGAUAUGUGAUAAUAAUUAUUUUUUUAUUUAUGUUUAAUUUUUCAUAUACUUGAUUUAUGAAGCAGCGUAGUGAAAAAAUAUAGUUAAAACUCCCAGGUUAAAACUAGAUGCAACCCAGCGAUUAUUUCAAGCCAAUGCUUUGGUCAAUGUUUUUGAAACAUCGGUAUUAAUAUCGGGUAAAACAUAAAAUCGUAUAAUAGUAUCAAAACGUAUAUAUUCGUCGAAACGGUAAAUAAACGCUAUAACAUGCUUCGAA